CCAGGAUUAUUCUUUUUAGUCAAAUAAUCUUGAUCAUAUUUAACGUAUAUUUUGUGGAAUAAAAAUCAUGACCAUUAAUGUAGAAAACGAACUAAAUUCAAUAAAACAGGCAAAUAUUAUAGUUCCAUCAUUUAUUACAACAACUGACGAAGAUAAUGAGAAGUUAAUCAAUAAUAAUAAUAAUGCACCAUUAAAAUCCGAUCGAGAAUCAAGAUCUUGUCAAUCAAGAUUACUCAAACGAAAUAGAUCAAUAAAUAGUGUAACAUCUCGUCAAAAUGACAAUGAAACAAUAUUGAAUAAUUCAGAAAAUCAAUUAAUUAUACCAAAUUCAAUUGGUAUACCACAUAUUAUUGGAAAUGUAUUUACAAGAAAUAAUGAUAGUUUACAAUCAUCAAUGAAAACAGAUUUACAUCGAAUAAGAUUUCCAUCAGUUGAUAGAAUUCCAUAUUCAAGUACUAAACGAACUUCAAGAAUUUCAACAUCUACGUUUUCAAGUAAUCGAAGUACAAUAAGUAGUAAUGCUCGAUUUGAUAUUGAUGAGAUUAUUUUUACUCUUCAUGAAAAAGCAACUCAUAAUUAUCGUGAAUUACGUCAUAACUUUAUUAUAAACGAUCCAAUGGGUGUAGGAAAUUUACGAAGAGAAGCACUUGCUCGAGUAUUGACACGCUUGUUAUAUUGGCCUGUUAAACAAAAACAUAUAACUCAAAUACUCAGUCAACUUGGUUUCCCCAAAGAUAAACAGAUAAUUAACUUCACAGAAUUUUAUGCUGCUUUAUGUCCUCAAAACAAUAAUAAUAAUAAUAGUAAUUAUUAUGAAUACAAACCAACUUCAAUCAAUAAAACCGAUGAUUUGUAUAAUAAUAAUAAUAAUAGUAAGCAUAGUAAUUUCUCAAACAAUGAUAAGCAGCCGGUUCCCAAGGAACAAACAAUAACACAAAUUGAAAAUAGUAAUACGUUAGUGCUAGUUAAUCAAGCCGACAAAUCAAUAAGCAACCAUGUUAAUAAUACAACCAAACAAAAUUGGUCAUUUCUUACUGAAUUACCACAUGAUACUUCAAGAAAAUCCAAUUUUUUAUUAGCUCAUCAAGUUAUGAGUAUACUUAGACAACGUUUAUUAAAAGGUACACUUCAAUUAGAUAAUUUAUUCAAUUUAAACAAUCUCAAUGAACAGAAUCAAUUAAUUCAACGUGAUGAAUUCUUUCAUCAACUUUCUCGACUUGGAUUAUAUUUAUCUAAUAGUGAAUUUUUAAGAUUUUGGAAAAGAUUAAGCCCAAAAAAUGAGCCAAACCUACCAAUUGAAUGUUUUCUGAACCAUAUGAAUUUAAGAAAUAAUAGUGAUAAUAGUAGUGCUCACAACAACAAUCAACUACAGUCUAACGACACACUGUUAGCUAUCACCGAUAACACCAUGAAAUCGUCAUCAUCAUCAUCAUCACCAUCAUCAAAUAAACAAAAAUUCUCUUCAGUAAAUAAAAUUAUUCCUAAUUUAAUUAAACUAUUUAAUAAAGGUUAUCGAAAUGUAUGUAAAGCUAUUGAACAUUGUACAAAACAAUAUAUUCAUAAAUAUGAGGCAAAUUCAAUUACUUUAAAUAAUGAUUUAUAUAAUAUCCCAUAUGGUUAUACAAAUUCGGAUAUAUUUUUAGAAACAUUAAAAUAUUUAAAAUUAACUAAAUUAGAAAAAAUACAACUUGGUUCAUUUUUUACACGUUAUGGUUUAACAAUUACAAAUAAAGGAUUAUUACCAUAUGCUGAAUUAUUUCGACGUUUUCAAGAUCGUUCUGAAGCUGGUGUAUUACAUCAAAUGUUAACAUAUACAUUAAUGACUAGAAAAGGAUCUACCGGUGAACAAAAUGAAAAUAUUAUACAACUUGAACAUGAAUUAAUACGAAAAUUUCAUCGAGACUUUUUAACUUCACUCAAUACAUUUAGAAAUUUCGAUUUGCAACGUUCCGGUAUUGUUAGCCCAGAAAAUUUUCGGAUUAUUUUAUUCAAUCAUUUUGGUUAUGAGUUUACUAAGGAGAGUUUCAAUGAAUUCUUAAACUUGUUACCGCUCGAUUUGAAUGGAAAUGUGAAAUAUGCUGAAUUUAUGCGGCAAUUUAAUUUAAAGAGUGAAACAUGUGAACCAGGACUCAAUGAUCAAUGUCAAACUGACAACUUUAACCUAUCAUCUACUGUCAUAUCAAACAAUACAAACAAUGACAAACAACAAUUGUUAACCGAACAAGCUGAAUAUAAACCAGAUAAUGAAAUCCAAGAGUCAUCAGUUAAUCCCAUACCUCCUAGACAACGUACAGUGAAAGAAUUAGAACAAAUUAUUCGUGAAGCAUUAAAAGCAAAAACCCAUGAAAUUGAAAAUAAAUUCUAUGAAUUAGAUCAAUAUAAUUCGGGUCGAUUAACUCAAGAACAAUUAUAUCAUUUACUCAAAGUCUCCAAUAUUCGACCGGAAAUAACGCGUGGUGAAAUAAGAAGAUUAUGGCCAGAAUUUUUUGUUGAUCAAAAACAUUGCUUAUCAUUUCAUGAAUUUAUGCGACAUUUUCUUUACCGAAAGUCAGAAGCGGCAUAUCCAAAUGCUAAAUUUGUACCUCCACGUCUAGGUGAUGCUGAUUUAAUGCCAUGUUCGAAUAAAUUGAAUGGUGUCACUUGUUUGAUAAAGGAUUCGUUACGCGCAAAAAUAGAUUUUAUGUUCGAUCGUUUAUAUAAAGAAUUUAUUGAAAUGGAUCCUAAAGGAACUGGGUUCAUAACACCUAAACAAUUGAAUGAUAUACUGAUAGAAUUAUGUUUGCAAGUAUCUGACAGAGAAAUAGAUGACUUAAUUGAAAAGUUUGAUAUACAUAAAGAUGGAAAGAUAUCGUAUCUUGCCUUGUUACAACCUUUCAUAAGAAAUCGUUUGCUGAAAUCAGAUUUAUUACAUAAUAAAUCGGUUAUUCAUAACUUAGCAAACAAGAUACUUGGUGUAGAAGAAGUGAACAAACUCAAAUCAUCUUUACUACCAAUAUUAAAUGAAGUUCGACCAAAAGUACAAGUUUCUCAGUUAAAUUGGAGUAAAAUGCGUCGAUCAAUGCAAAAAGCCGAUAAAACAAAUUGUGGUCGUUUAGAUGCUCCAAUAUUUAGAGACCUUUAUCAACAUGGUACUGGUAUUCGCUUGACAGAUGAACAAGUCUAUCAAUUAUUAACAACACUUGAUCCUGAUAUAUCUGGUACUUUACCCUACAAACGUUUACUUGAAGAUACACAACCUAUAUUUAGUCAUCAUGAAAGAAAACAUUCUAGUAAAUUGCAAAAAGUAGAAGAGAACUGUUCAAAUAUCAACGAACAUUAUGAUCAACAAAUAGAUGAGCAAGAAAAUAAUUCAAAUAUUAGUUAAAAUAGUAUAUAUGAUUAUCUCGCAAUACCUUUAUCUUUAUUAUUAUUAUAUUAUUAUUAAUGUUACAGAUAUGAUGAAUUCCAAG